CCACAGCUUUCACAUUGUGGGAGACGCCAUUAUUCCAACGUGUUAAAACAUUUUUAACAGCCUUAUCUUCAUAACGAGGAUCUCAUAAUAUAUCUCUGUUUUUACGAUUACGACGCCAGAGAAAAUGGCGACAGAAAAAGUUGAAAAGGGAUUGGAGGAGCGGCAAACAGAUGACACUGAAUCAGAGAGUGACAGUGACAAUGAAAUAGCAAAUCAUGAUAGAAAAACAGCAACACAAAAGAAAAAGGAUUAUAUGAAUCGUCUAAGGGAAUUGCAGUUAAGAAGGAAUGCAGCAAGGAAGUUAAAUCAUGAAGAGAUGGUCGAAGAAGACAGGAGAAAUAAGUUACCUGCAAACUGGGAAGCAAGAAAAAGAAAGGCAGAAUGGGAAUUAGCUGACCAGGAAGCUAGAAAGGAAGCAGAAGAAAGAGGAGAGGACUAUGACCAAACAAAACUUUUGCAACAGUCUGCGCAUGAACUAGAGAUGUUGGAAAGAAAGAAGAAAAAGAGAAAAAAUCCAGAUCAAGGAUUUUCUGAUUAUGCCGCUGCACAGUUAAGGCAGUACCAAAGAUUAACACGCCAGCAUAAGCCAGAUUUGGAGUCGUAUAACAAAAUGAAGGAUACAAUGGGAGAUAACGCGUUUCCAACUGCUCACAGCCUUAGCCAUGGAGGUGAAGGCAAAGUUUCUGAAGCAGCUGUCGACAGAAUGGUAGAGGAUCUUGGCAAACAGAUUCAGAAGCGUGAAAAGUUCCAUCGCCGCCGACAGCAUUUCGACGAAGCUGAUAUCGACUACAUCAAUGAGCGAAACAAGAAAUUCAACGAAAAGGCCGAGCGCUAUUAUGGCAAGUACACCGAGGAGAUCAAACAAAACCUCGAAAGAGGAACUGCCAUUUAAUCAUUAUCAAUCGAACUGGCCACUGUUUAUCGUAUUGAUGGCUGACAAUCAUCUCGACUUCUUCCAAUGGAUGUUAUUUAUCAUUUUGAGAAGCAAAUGAUUUUGCCCAGGGCAUUCAUGCUGAAGGACACGAGACUUUCUUCACAAUUUGACUCGCCUUCUGAAUGAUAUAAUCAUGUUUGCAGAGCAAUUUUUCACAAGCUCGGUUGCAAUCUCUCUUGUGAAGUGUUAAUCGGCCGGUUUCAAUGUUAGGCUAUCUUUAGUUAUGAUGUAAUACUGACCUUAUCACGGAUCACAUGAUAUCUACAAA